GAGUCUAAAUGUUCUUUUAUUUAUUUAUCAGAUUUUACACGCAAACACUUGCUCUUUUAAACUAUUUUGGUUUAAAAACCCACGACAUGAAAACUUCUUGAAACUUGAAAGCUUCCAAGAUAAAAAUCUCUACUUCUCUGCUGCACCUUUGGGUUUCAUUCAGUGUGUUUCUAAGAGGAAGGAAAAGCUAGAUUUCAGGUAUGGAAGAUAAAAUGGAGGAGUCCUCAGAUCGAAGAGAAAUGUGGAGAUCAAAGAAGGGUGGCCUCAUUACCAUGCCAUUCAUAAUAGGCAAUGAAUCAUUAGAGAAGGUGGCAGGCUAUGCAGUGGUUCCAAACAUGAUAUUGUACUUGAUUAAAGACUAUCACAUGAGUGUGGCUAAAGGAACCAAUAUUCUCUUCUACUGGCAAGCUGCCACCAAUUUCACUCCCAUCUUGGCUGCUUUCGUCGCUGAUUCAUAUCUGGGUCGCUUCCUCAUCAUUGGCUUCGCCUCCAUUUGCAGUCUCCUGGGGAUGAUACUCUUAUGGUUAACAGCUAUGGUUCCAGAGUCAAAGCCUCCCACCUGUGAUCUAUUGACCCAGAGGUGCAGAUCUCCAACAGCAGCUCAGAUGAGUCUAUUAAUCUCCUCAUUUGUUCUCAUUUCCAUUGGAGCUGGUGGUGUUAGACCAUGUUCUUUGGCAUUUGGAGCCGACCAAUUGGACCAAAGAGAUAACCCCAAAAACGACAGGGUCCUCGAGAGCUUCUUCGGCUGGUACUAUGCUUCAGCAGCCAUUUCGGUUCUAAUUGCAUUGACGGGUAUUGUUUAUAUUCAAGAUCAUCUUGGAUAUAGAGUUGGCUUUGGUGUUUCAGCAAUCUUAAUGUUGCUUUCAGUGCUUGUGUUUUUCAUUGCCUCUCCUCUCUAUCUCAAGCUGAACCCUAGCAAGAGCUUGCUUACUGGAUUUCUGCAAGUUAUGGUUGUCGCUUAUAAAAACCGAAAUCUAACCUUUCCACUUCCAGACUCAACUGGAAGUUAUCAUCACAGAAGGGAUUCAAACAUUGCUGCACCAACUCACAAGUUAAGAUUCUUGAACAAAGCUUGCAUCAUCAAAAACCCUGGGCAAGACAUUGCCUCGGAUGGCUCAGCUUCGAAUCCAUGGAGUCUUUGUGCAGUAGAGCAAGUAGAAGAGCUGAAAGCACUUAUCAAAGUCUUGCCAUUGUGGUCUACUGGGAUCAUAAUGUCAAUAAAUUUAAGCCAAAAUUCAUUCCCUGUGCUCCAAGCCAGCUCUAUGGACAGGCACCUCACAACCAAGUUUCAGAUUCCCGCAGGCUCUUAUGGAAUGUUCAACAUCAUAUCCCUUGCACUAUGGGUUAUUCUUUAUGAUCGUGCAAUUCUCCCCAUGGCAUCGAAACUCAAGGGUAAACCGGUACGGUUCAGUGUCAAACUAAGGAUGGGAAUUGGGCUGUUUCUUACCUGCUUGGCUAUGGCAGUUUCGGCAGUCGUUGAGAACGCCAGACGGAGAAAAGCGAUCCGGGAAGGGUUCCUAAACAAUCCUCAUACAGUUUUAAACAUGUCUGCACUAUGGCUUGUGCCACAGUUUUGCUUGAAUGGCUUAGCUGAGGCUUUCACUGCAAUAGGCCAGACCGAGUUCUUUUACUCCGAGCUACCCAAGAGUAUGUCGAGCAUCGCUGCUGCACUGUUCGGACUCGGAUUGGCCGUGGCGAACUUGUUAGCUAGUGUUGUAGUGAGCAUCAUUGAUGACAUUACAUCAAGAGGUGGAAAAGAGGGUUGGGUUUCAAGUAAUAUAAACAAAGGUCGCAUUGACAGUUACUACUGGGUUCUAACCAUAUUGAGCGUCAUCAAUCUACUGUAUUACUUUGUUUGUGCCUGGGCUUAUGGACCAUGUGGUGACCAACCAACCAAAGUUACCCGUGCUAGAAAUGGUUUGAGAAAAGAAGAGUUGGCUAAUCUAGGGACCAAAGAGAUGAAGUGCAAGGCUUGAAAAGUAGAGAGUGAGCCAACUAAAGUUAAUUAGAGACCAAAGUUAAGCCAUGCUGGGUUCAAAGUGAGGCAAUCCUAGAUAUUUGCUAGCUUGAUGGGUGUUUUAAAGUCUUGAGAUGACUGUUGUUGCAUUCUAAAUAUAUGCCUGCAUAAUGUUGUAGUAAAGUAGGAAAUAUAUAUAAUUCUUGAAACCAUUACAUGUAUCUUUUCUGCAUUAUUUACUUGGUGUGAAUUAUUUUGAAAUGCUGUCCCAUAUACGCAGUCUUUUACCCUCUUUUCACAUUGUAUAUUAUAUUUGCAGUAAAUAAUUAAUGGCUGGCCUGAUGAUUGAGUCUUGGAUUUACACUCAA